GUUUAUAAAAAUGUCGGCGUACCUUCUUUAUAGUCAAGGAAAUGUUAGAUAAAUUCGUGAAAUUAUGCGAUAAACACAACAAUGAUGAUAAAGAUUCAACUAACUGCAUACCCAUAUCUAGGGUAUUGAUUAUAAUGGAAGAAGAGAACUGAAUAGAUUGGUUUGCAGAUAUUGUGCUUGAAACUAAGAAGAUUUUCCAUACAUAAUUUUAAUGAAGACAGCUGUAACUAACAUCAAUUAAAAACAUGAUGGAAAAACAAGAUGCUAAUAGCCAUGCCGUGGACAGGGUUGCAGAUUUCAGUCAAGGCUCACCGGUUGACCUCACACCCCCAAAUAUAAAAGAUGAUAAAGUUUCAGAAAUUCUGCAACAAGUUUCUCAGCUGUCAGAAAUGGACCAAUAUAUGUUGUACCUGCAGCUUCCAACUGGUGAUAACACUUGUGAUGUAGCAAAGGAAAACCCCCUCACAUCAAUGGCCAAAAGGACAGAUGCAGCUGUAAAAUGGAUCAAACAGAAUUAUACUGAGAGUCCUGGUGCAUCAGUGGCAAAAGAAAAAGUUUAUAAACAUUACAGGGAGGAAUGUGAAGCUGAUGACAACAAACCACUCUGUAUUGCUGACUUUGGAAAGGUGAUGAAGCUGGUCUUUCCCAAGAUAGUUCAUAGAAGACUUGGCCAAAGGGGCGAAUCCAAAUACUGUUAUGAAGGAUUAAAAAGGAAGGGAGUUAACUCCUCUUCCAUCUGUAAAGUCUGUAACAACCCAACUACAGUUGAGAAACCUCCCCCAGAUAUUAAUUUACUUUCCUGCCAGCUUGUUUGUGAAUGGGCUUCACAGUUACUAGGUCGUCAGCUGACUGAUAUAAAAAGUUUGUCAGAGUAUCUUGUCACUAUUGGCUUCUCAUGUGGGAAAACCGCUGCCAAGUUCAGUCUCUUGUCUGGUAGCACAAGUCCACCAAAAUUGAAAGAUAAAAACAGAAAACAUAAAGAUGGGCAGAUUUUGCUUCAGCGUAAACUUCAUCAGAAAGAAAUAAUUCGCAAGCACAAACAAAAGUUGCUGGAGCAGCAAAAACUUGAGCAUCAGCCAGCUGAAACCAACUCCCCAAUAACAGCCAGCCUUCUUACAAACGAUAUUCUGCCAUUCCCUAAGAAAAAAGUUCGCCCUCGUCCAUUGUCAGUUCAGCCAUUGAUUCCCUGUUGGAAUCAGAAUGGUAGCUCUACCAUGAACACGCUAAGGAAUGAAAAGAUGGAUGUUAAGUCUAGUUUAGAUUUAACUUCUGGGACCAUAGUUCCCCAGGCCGGGACCAAACUAUUAGGUGACCAGAAUAACAGACUACUGAAUUUAGUUUUACUAAAUGCAAGUGGGAGGAAUUCUUUAAUUCUUCCAAAACGCUGUCAAAGUGCCAGUGUGGUGGAGAAGUAUUCUAGCAACAAUUUAGAAGGUUGUCAUCAGAAUUCAGAAUUCUGCCCUCCGGACAAUAUAAGUACGUCUGAAAGUAUGCAAAAGUCAUCUACAGUACAUUCAACAACGGGACCACAGAUUAUUUCUGCACUAUCCAAGGUACUCCAGCGUAACAAAAAAGUCUUAGAACCUGUAACAUUAACAAAUGAAAACCCUGUUUCCCAGCAGAAUAAAAGAAAUGGGGAAAACAUCGGCCAGUGUGAGAAUUCAGCAACUAAAAGAAGGUGCAUGACUUCUAUUGGAGUUAAAAAACAAAAAAGCCUAGAGAACGAUGCUUAUAACAAAGCCAGUCACUCGGCUCGUUUGAGACCGUUCUCUUGUCCGGUCUCUGUGAACAAGAAGAUUUCUCAACAGCAGCCAGAAAUAGUUAGUGAUUGUGAUAGUAAAAGUGAAAGUAAAGAAACUUCACCCACUGAAGAUCCCAUCUCUGUCGACUGCCAAAGAGAGGAAAAAGAACAACAACAAAAUGAGGGAAAUAAAUAUCAUUUUGUCCAGAAGCCUACUGUGAUAAAUCGUCCAAUCAUGCCCAAUGUUGUUUCAUGUCCAGACUUCCAACAGCUCUCAUUAGACACAUCGCCUGAGCAAAUCUCAUCGUCAGGAAAAUUAAGCUUCAACAUUCUGAACACAUUACUCUCAUCAAACUGUGAUAAAACUCCAGACUUCUGGCACAAGUCACAAAGCCUGCCCUCACACACACUGCCAGUGACUUCCCCUUUCGUGUCCACCUCUCUCCACCCCAAGUCAUCUCCUGCUGAGCUUGAUGCCCUGCAGAACGGCCAGUUGAGGCCGCAGAACAAUCUCUCCAACUCUACAGAAAAUCCUGCCAUUCUGUCCACGCCAUCUAGUCGUAGUGCUUUCGUCCCCGUCACCAGCCACAAACAGUUGGCUGUCAGUUCCAUUUUGACAGAAACAAGUGACCUGGCUUGUGAACAUUCCCCGGCUAAGAAUAAACUGACAGUCUCCUGUCCUUCUAUCAAUCAAAUUAACAACACAUGUGCUGAGCCACUGCCAGAUGAAUCUCAGUUGUCACAUGAUGAAAUACCUAGUUCACAGAGCUCCACGAACAAUACUCAAAUAAACUCAGAGCCCUGUAACAGUGUGGUGACUUCAUGUGAAUCCACCAUGAAUCACGAACCAACUCUCCAGAUGUCUCAAAAUGUAGAACAAUCUUCCACUUGUGUGAGUAUGUCCGCGCUAAGCACAAGUUCAGAUCAUACGGAAAAUGAGCCUGUGUUUUCAACUUCAUCAGCUACCCCCACUGUGCAGACCAAACCUUCAAACAAGUGUAACCCACACACUAACCAAACGGGCAGGACAAGUCCCAGUUCACAGGUCAUCAAGACCAGCUUGCCAGUUACACCCCCUAAACGAGCUAACAAGAACAGAUUCACUCCCAUCCGUCCUAAGCUGGGUUCCACAGUCUCCUCCCCACAAAAGAGUGUCUCCACACUCUUGAAAGAGCAAAGGGUGAGGAUCACCCAAGAUUUAAUUGUCAACCUGGCCAACAGCUACCAAGGGGAGGUAAAGCUCCAACUCCCUGUGGAACUUCUGGGGCUGUCCUCCCCUGGAAUGUCAAAAUCUGCUGAUGUGCUUGUAACUAUCGGACCACCAGCGAACACUCUCUCCAACAAAACCUUGCAAGCAGGAAACAAUCUGAACCAACCUUUCCCUAAUAAUUCAACAACAGAAGGAAUGUGUAUAGAGAACCAACAGUUGUACUACCCCUCCAUACAGUGUCGAGCUAGUCAGCCUCUAAGUGUUCAGGUGUUGAGCCACAAUCUUGAUAAUUCAGUCUCCUCCAAGUCUUUCAUGUCUCCUGUGUCCCACAACGAUUCCUCAUUAGUUUUCCCUGCAGACAAUGCCCAGCUUCUUCUUGUUUCUCCAUCCAAAACAUUUGCUAGCCAACCUGUGAUUGUACAGGACGGGAGUGGCAACAAGUUUGCACUUGACCAGACUAUCUUACCACAGAACCUGACGCAGCUCUACAGUACUGCUCACAUGGGCCAGUCAGAUGCUAAGCUAACCUCUGCCCACAAUGAGGUUAAUAAAUGUGAGAUCAAAGGUCAUGUUAUUGGACCUGAUGCCAAAGGUCAAACUUAUUUACUGGUUCCAAAUUCUGACAGAUCGCCCGCUGACUCUGUGUCAUUAAACCCCUUGUCAUCUCAGCCAACAAAGCCAGAGCUUCUCACAAAAAGCCUUCCAACCUUACACAACAACAGUAAACCAGGCGGCAGACUAAUCCAAUCAUCAAUGACGCUUUCGUCAGAGCUCCUGACAGAACUGAGCCAGAUAGCAAGCGCUGACCAGAACCAAAUACGACAACACAACUCCACCCUGUCAGCUUUCCACAAGUGUUCCAGCCACUCCCAGCUGGACACAAACACACCCAAACCAUGUGAUACCAACACUGAGGACAAACAGAACAAUUUCCUAUUGUUUGACUCACUAGCUAACCACCAUAACAUACCUCAGGGUGCCUCAAACACCCCAGAGACAAAACCAUCAGCACAGACAGACACAAGGACAACAGACACUGGUGUUUACCAGAUGCAGAAAGCCCAGCAGAGGCUGGGGAAGAGGAAGGCUUGUAAGAGUGGGAAUGAAGAAUGCAAGGACAAGAAAAGGUUCAGCAGUCCCAGGGAUAUGGAAAAAGAAGUGGAUGAUGAAGUGUUUAUUAUCAACAUAGAAGACAACCAAGAGGCCAUGCGGAGUAAACCAGGCCUGCAGCUAGACACACCCUCAAAGCCAGUGACUAGGGUAACUGAUUCCCAGGGGUUGAACAGUACAGCCGAGGCAGGGGAAAUCAAAAACAAAUUAACCGACAUGGAAGCCCUCUUGGAUUUGAUUCCGAACCGCAAGCUGAUGACGGUCAAAGAGACUGUGAUGGCUCUACAGGCGCUCAGAGCUCAGCUCAACAGCAGGAGGAAAAGUUCAGAGGUCAGUAAAAUGGAGUCGGGUCCCGAACAUGAAGUCUUAAACACUGUGGUCCCCAUGUCCCAGCAAGCACAGACUCACCUGUCUCAGGUGAGCCACUUGCUUACGUCCUCACUCAACACACAGACUCCGCAACAGAUGGUCAGCAGUGUUAAACCAAGACAAGAAACCCAGGUCAAACUAUCCACCCCUAAAAGGAGAUGCAAGACUGAGUGUUCGUUUUAUCCAGAUGCUUAUUCAUACUCUGAAGAAGUCAAGUAUCAGAAGGUGGAUCACACAAACAUAAGGAGUAUAAGUCUCAAUUUGGAGAGCUUAGAGAGUGAUGCAUUGUUAGACAGUGAGCAAACAUUGGACCAUAAACUUGUGGCUGAUAUUAAUGAUGGACUCUCAGGAAACUCUGAUCUCAAAACAUCAGUUGGUGUAUUAACAAAAGCAACCAAAUCUAAAGUUGCAGCAAGUUUGUCUGCCCAGUCCAAGAUGAGGUCUAGUGUGGGCAGCAUGCAUGAAAUGGAGCCCAUGGGUCUUGGUGUUAAACCUCUACAUGUUAUUGAGCUUGAUGAGCACCCAGUCAAAAAGGAACCGUCCUUAGUUUCAAACAACAUUCCUGAUGGACCAGCCUUGAAAGUGUCAUCCAGUGCUCAUCAGCACACCAAUGUCUCAAGCUCACUCAACGACAUGGCCCACAAGCCAUCUCAUGCUGAGAAGCAGCAGCCCCACACAGGCAGUAAAGGCAAGGUCUCUGAUAAUCCUACUAUUGUCAAGUUCUUAACCGGGGCUUUCACUGACAGGACAGCCCUGUCAAAACCCUACAAUCACAACUCAUUACCUGACCAGAGUCCUAUGGAAACUCUUUCGACCUCCAAGGAUGAAUCAGAUGGUAAUGAGUUGCCCAUUGACAUAGUAGACUUCAUCACUGAGUCCAUGUCGUCCAGGAGACAAACGUCCAUGUCUACAUUUUACAACAGCUCAUCCCUGCUGGCUGAUCUAUUCAGGAAUGACUACCAGGUUACCGCUGGGGUUGAUAUGGAUAGCUCUACAGCUUGGAGGAGUCUUUCUGCUCCUAAUUCUACAGAUGAGCACUUUAGUAUGGGACCAGGUUCCUUUCAGAAAAAUCCCACAGAAAAUCAGCAAUUUUAUGAAUCAGAAAGUUCCUUUAAUUUGUACAACGAUGGGCAGUACCAGCCAAAGGUUACCAUUUCAAAAUCUUCUCUGCCAUCUAGUCCAUCAUUGUAUGUGGAUUCACCUCACAAUUCUGAGCUGUCUCACAGCAAAAAAACUGAUUCUUCCAUGCAGAUGUCUGUGAAUGAUGGUACAUUCCUUAGCCCUGUGGGUCCAGCUAGACUCACUAGAAGAUUAUCUGUUGAACGUUCUGUUUCUGGUGAUAGGAGUGUAAACAAAACACCUGUUGAAUUUUUGGGGAAUAAGAACGACAGGCCGUCAUCUAGGUUGAAACAAGAGAAAUCCAAAUCUAAAACACCAGUGGAUAGAUAUUUGGCUAAGACUCCAGUGGACAGGGCUGUUUCUAGGACGUCUAUAGAGAGACCAGGUGAUCAAUCUAGUGGAGAUCCAACACAGGCAACCUCCGUCAUCCAGCAGCCAACACAGACAUCCAUCACCCAGACCACAUCAGCCAUCCAGCAUCCAACUCAGACAACCUCCAUCAUGCAGCAUCCUACACAGACCACCACCAUCAUGCAGCACCCAACUCAGACGACGUCACAGCACCAGAACAUCAUUGAGAGGUCUGCAAUAAAGCUGGCGCUGAUGUCUCCAGACAAAACCUGCAACAGAACUGAUCUCUCCUUGUUCUCUGGCUCCUGGUCCAACUUGAUGGAGAGCAACAGAGGAGACCGGUCACUAAACCAGACGCCCCUGUCUGAUGGCGGCUACAGCAGCGUCAGCCAGACCCCCAUCUCAGACAUUGGUUACAGCAGUGUCAGCCCAAGCCCUGUCUUCAUGACCGCCCCACACCUGUAUGUGGACUGUGAGCGCAGAGAGCUCACAUCCCCAGCCACCAUCUUCCAACCCCUGAGGUCUGAUAAUAAUUUAAACAGUUUCAGCUCCAGGCACCACAGUGUUUCAGAGACAAGUUUAUCCAAGUCCAACAGCUUUUAUAACAAAGCCUUAGAUUCUCCAAACUUGACGUGUUCAGACAAUUCUAAAGUUGACACCCAGCAGGGCUCUGUCACCCUGCAAGAUGGGGCUGUGUUUGAUAUGGAUCUGUUUGAUGAAUCCCACUACAACAGUAAAAUGGCUUCCCCUAUGGUGCAGAGCAUGUCCACCCAGCUGCACUGCAUCCCAACACCACCCUCCAGCCCAUCUUCACCAGUGCAGAACAAGCAAGAGCCUGGAGGUUACUCCUCACAGGGCAACACGCCUGCCUCAAAACAGUCACAGACACAGCAGUGGGCAAACCAGAACGCCAGGACAACAUCCGCCUCACACAGCGGCAGCCAGAGGUCUUCCACAAAGUUACAAAUCAUCCCCACCAGCCCUACAGUCAUGUCCAACCUGUCCCCCACUAAACAAGGGCACCAGUACAACCCUCACCCCUCCCCACCAUUCACACCAAGCUCCCAGCGCUGCCCCACCCCCUGCUCCCACAUCUCCUUGAUCUCCCCCCAGUGCACCACCCCCAGUAGCGACUCCAACUCAGCCCCCAACCGCUUUGUACCCAUACAGACUUCAGGCAUUCUGGCCAUCUCAUCUGUUGGCUCACAAAGCUACAUUCAACCAAUCAGACCCAUCGUUACAAUCGCCAGCGCUGCCAAUCAGAAUCUCUACAACAACUGUUUACUGUCUUACAACUCACAGUCCAGUGAUAUUGGCACACUCAGCUCAGGUAUUAAGUCCAGCAGUAUCCCAAUCUCCACUUCCACCAGCACUACAAGCAACUUACACUGGGCUAUGAGGAAGAUCAACCCAACCCCUCAGCAAUCUGCCCCUGCUCUUGUCCUCUCACUGAGCGGGGCUAUCGGCUCUGUGUCUGGUAGAGGCAUGAAAGACGGCUGGGGUGGUCAGGACAAGACCUCGGCCUACGGUGAAACCAACAGUUCCCAGAACACCCCUGGCCAUCAGACAGAUGUGACUGACAACAACCUGUCAAACCAUUUCCUACCUUCUUACGAAGAGGCUGUGACACUGCUGACAGGAAACAAUACUAAGAAAAAAUCCCAGAGAUCAUCAGUGGCGGCUCAGCUUGAGUCCAACGCGCUGGAGAAAAGUCGUAACGCACAUGAUGAAAAGAGCCAACACUCCAUACACGAUACAUCCCAGGCUUACCAACAUUACAAUGAAAAAGACUCUGGACACCAGAAUACAAACCAGAAACCUAAAGAAGCCAGGAAAGACACAUUGACUUCCUUGAAGACCAAACCCAGCAGGAAGCCGCCCACCUCGGAUUACUCCACCGUCUUGUGUUCCACCAACCCCCACGUCACCUACAGGAGCUCCAUCGACUGGAAACUUUCCCAGCCGGUCGUAUCCAGCAGCGAGACGAGGCUUGACCACGCCAUUAACUCGGACAUACCCACCGCCUAUUAUUCUGGCACCGCCCCUAAUAAAACAGCUUUCAGCUCCGCCGCCAUAACUUCUGACCAAAUGACCAGCGUCCACCAGAGCCAGCAGUCACAAACCACAGCCUACCUUGAAGCCCAGCUUAUAAAACUGAGCGCAUGCCUGGACAAGAGGCCAGAUGGCCCUAACCAGGAUGACCUUGAUGAAACGUUGGAUGUACUUAAAAACCUGGACAGCAAAUAUUUCCAGCAGUCUGAUGAUUAUUGAUGCUAAGACUUAUAAUUUAGGGAGACCUGUAAUUCUAAUGAUUUGUAAACUUGGAUGAUUCUAAUGACUUAUAACAACUUGGAUGAUUUAUGAUUCUAAUGACUUAUAACAACUUGGAUGACUUAUGAUUGUAAUGACUUGUAAUUAGUUUGACUGAAGCAACUGUGCAUGUUCCAGCCAGUAGCAGAUGUGAAUGUUGUAGAUUGUUGCUGUACACAGCCAGCCACUAGAUGUAAAUCUCUCCACCAAAUGAAAGACAUUGGAACAGUGUGUUCUGUUGAUUCACCAAGGUGGCGUUUGUUGACUUGUAAUGAUUGUAUUAUUUAUUUUGUUACUGGGGUUGGGGAAAGGGGUUUAUAUACUGUAAAUAGAAAAUAAUGUAAAAUAAAUCAAUCUAUA